AUGGAAAACCAAAUACUUCAACAGCAAGUGGACCAAAAACAUCUUAUAAAUCUAAUAAAGUAUGAAGGUCUAAAGAGAAUGAUCCAAAGAAUAGUAGGAGUAAUCAAUAAAUCAGUAGAUUUAAUUAAUAAAAUAAUUGAAAAUAAUAAUGAUAUGGAAGUAGAAAAAAUUACCCAAGAAGAAUUCCAAAAGAAAAUUCCAAACAAAACAAACUUUGUAUCACCAUUCCUGAGAAUUGAAGAUGAACUAUUUGAAAAAAGAUAA